GUGAGUUUGGGUGGCCUGUAGAAUAUAUUACUUUUUUCCGAUCAAGAUGGAAGUUGGCAUCUUUGUCGUCGAGUAAGGUAAUACAUUUCAAUUUCCAUUAUUGUGGUUAAGUUUAAAAGCUCUGGUUUUGACAAAGGAACUGGAGGAAAAUCAGGAAAAUUUCAGUUCGACUGUGAAGGUUGCAUUUUGUUUACGCGUAGUUGCAUUUUUAUAAAUAUAUCAAAUUCAUUUUCCUUUUCCUCAUGCAAUCUGCCUUUUUAUACUGUUUUUCGCAGCAAAGCUUUCGCUAGUAUUACAGAAGCUAAUUUUAGUAUACAGAUCAUUCAGACUUAGUGACAAAAAAUCUAUUAUCGAUUGUAAUUUUGGCAACGCCUGAGUAUUCGGUGUGAAUAUUAUUGACGAAGUCGCUGUAACACUCUUCCAUUCAUUACUUUUGUUUCUGCUCCAUUAAAUUUGCCCAUUUUUUUUUAUUAACGUAUUCGAUUUAACUACAAACAAUGAGUAUUCAGGCAGAGUGGCAAGCUUCAAUGCGAUGUGGCAAGAGAGAUAUACGCCUUUGAAUUCCUGUUUAUUUUGCGGGUGUAAAAAAUUCAAAAAUUAUACCCACCAAAAGUAUAAUCGGUCGCUGCGAAAACGUUAUCAAUUUCAAAGUAGUUUCUAAAAAUGCGAUAAAGAGUGAUAGUUCUUUCAAUGUGUAUCGGCAAAGGAAGAUUAGCUUCGAAGACAGGGUUGUAGCACUAGUCGAAGGCUCAAAAACAGCUUCUAUUAACUAAUAUGGCUCCGGUCCGAGGCACCCAGAAACCCGCCAUGUCGAUAAUUUCCGGAAUACUGGGAAUUAGAACCUGACGUUACCUAUUCCUUAUUAAAGACCCCAAAUCAAGUCAUAUCAAGGUUUCAUGCCAAUUUUUAGCCGAUUCGGUGAGAUAGUGUGGUAGCGACUUUUCAAUAUAGUUCGAAUCUUAAAGACAACUGCUCUUAACUUUUUGUGACAAAUGGCCCAGCAAAGUAUCAAGUGAAACAGGAUUGCGUGAAAUAGCUCACGGCGAAAUGUCAAAACGGUGUAGCAUAACGACAAAUAGUGAAUAGGAUUAGACAAAUGGUUUAACCUAACGUACAUUAAAUAGUCCAGGCCUACUGUGAAUAGCUGAAAGCAACAUAUAUGCAAUGCAACGGGUUUAGCUUGAUAUGAGCAGGCGCAUUUACGUGACGUGCAUUUUUUUACGUUACGGGCAAUUUUUUGCCAGGGGGCGGUAAACCAUUUGCCUAAGUUGCCCAAAUUUCUACGAAACAGUCCGAAAGAAACGAGGGUCAUACGAUGCAACAACAAAGGCAUAUGAGCUUAUAAAACACGCGUUAAAAGAACUAGCUGUCUUUGCCAUUUUGACGGCCAAAGAUAUCAAUGAUACGAUCCGUGUCAUUGUUGACUACAGAGUUGACAUAUGCCCUUUCAAUGUUAAUAUUAGGGACUGUGCAAUAAUUAUCAGGAGGCGGGGGGCUGAAAAACUAGAGUUGUCUAGCAAAAACUUAGACAGUACCCCCCCUUCAAAACAAAAAAAAUUAGUUCUUGAAGUGCUCUCCGAGAAGACACAACAUACACUCAAGAUGGCGGAUGCAAAUAAACACACUUUAUUCCAGUAGGCAUGCGCUAAAUAUAACCGCUGACCUGAUGCUACAUCCCCCCUUUUUUUAAGAAACAAAGAAAACUGAAAUUACUGAAUUUAACAAACAAACCGUAACAAUAAAAAAAAGGAAACAAAAAAAGAAACACGAGACAAUGCUGCAACGAGAGCAAUGUGUCCUUUCCUGAAAACUGAAAACAGAAAGCUUAAAUGAAAAGCUGCAAAGUGUCUGCUUUGUAUCUAAUACUUAACAUAGUCCUUAAAUCUCUGCGGUUCCCUAAUUGUCCGACCAGACCGCGUGGUAGUAGCCGUAGACAUUCCGGCUGGCGGUGUUACAGGAUUCUCGUUGGCCACUCUAACAGAGGACGGCUCAACUUCGGUGUCUUUCAGGUCCUCAUCAUUCAAGACUUCCGGUGUAGGGGUGAUUUCCGGGAUAUGAGACUCUCCAGUUCUUAAUAAAUGUCGACGGUUUCUUCGGUACUCUCCACGCUCUGUUUCAACCUUAUAAGAUCUGGGUGAGGGAAGAACCUGUGUAACUCUAGCAAGUUUCCACUUGUUGCCUUCUCUAACUCUUACAACCUCACCAUCCCUCAAAGGGGGCAGUUCCUUUGCUUUUCUGUUAGCUGCAGCUUCUGCUUUCUCUGCCUUUCUUGUAACUUAGGGAGGACAUCUUCAGGGUCAUAGAGUUGAGGUUUCAACAAAUCCUCAGUCGCUGGAUUUGAGGUUCGCAAACGUCUGCCCAUUAGCAUUUGUGAGGGUGACAGAUUAACUUCCUCCAGGGGUUUAUUUCGGUAAGAAAGGAGAGCUUUGUAUGGGUCACCAGCUUUCUCCAGUAUUGCUUUAACGGUCUAGACGGUUCUCUCUGACUGGCCAUUGGAUUGUGGGUAGCCAGGACUUGAAGUGAUGUGUUCAAAACCCCAGUCUUCUGAAAACUUCCUGCAGAGUUGUAACAGGGGCCAUUGUCAAAAACGACAACUGAAGGGACUCCUUAUCUCGCGAACUGUGAUUUAAGAGCUGUAAUUACUCCGGUGCUUGUCAUUGACGGGAGCAAAGUCAUUUCUGGCCACUUGGAGUAAUAAUCGAGAGUAACGAGGUAGUUCCGACCAUUCUUGUGCAGAAUAUCUGUGCCAACCUUAGCCCAAGGCAAUGGUGGAAUCUCGUGCGACUUCAAUGGUUCAGGCUGAUGACUUGGUCGAUUUUCUAGACAUACAGGACAGUUUUUAAUCUUCUCGGUUAUCUCCACACUCAUCCUGGGCCAGAACAAUACGUCCCGCGCUCUCGCUAUUGUCUUGUUGAUACCCAGGUGUCCCUCAUGCAGUUUCUCAAGCAUCUCUCCUCUCAAGCUACUUGGUACAACAAUCUUUUGUCCCCUAACGAUCAGUCCCUGGGCUACUGUUAAUUCAUCACGGUAAUUCCGAAACUCCUGUGCAUUGGGUGGGACUUGAACUUUGGAAUCUGGCCAACCCGUCAAAAUAACUUGUUGCAGGUCAGACAAAAUCGCAUCUUCCUUAGUUGCCUCAGCGAAACGGGCCAACUGGUGGUCAGAGAUAACAUCCUCUACUAAGUUUACGUUCAAUUGCUCAGCAUUCGUCAGCUGUUCCUCCAAAUGGGCUCGAGACAAAGUAUCCGCUAAAUGUAGGCUGUCUCCACGCUUGUAUACCACAUUGAUUCCUGGAAAGCGCUGGAGUUGGACCAACAUCCGUUGCAGCCGUAAGCGUGUAAGGGCUUCUUCAUAAUUGCCUCCAAAGGUUUAUGAACAACAACAACAACAACACUUUAUUCACAUUUCCAUUGCAGGGUUUGUCAAACUUAUUGAAUAAUUAGUAACUUAACACGUAGACUAUUCAAUUACAAUUUAAACUAAAUAUUAUUACAUAGAAGGAAAUGCCUAGCGGCUAGAUAACCGUAAGGUUUUCGAGCUAGCAACUAGUUCUUUGAAAGUAGUGUCGAAUGUACAGGACAUCACAAUAACUAGAUCUGAUUCAACCGUGACAUCACGACCCACGAUGUACUCUGCAAAUUUGGCACAGCCAAAUACUACUGCCAAAAGUUCCUUUUCAAUUUGGGCAUACCUUUCUUGAGUGGGCGUAAGUGCCUUUGAGGCAUAAGCUAUUGGUCGGUCUUCCUGAAUCAAUGCUGCACCCAGCCCAGUUGAACUGGCAUCAACUUGUAGUGUCAGGGAUUUCUUUGCAUCAUAAUAUCCUAAAAUAGGGGCGCGGACAAGCGAUUCCUUGAUUGCUUUAAAACUAGCUUCUUGCUGUUCUUCCCAGUGCCACUCAACAUCUUGGUGUAGUAACUGUCUUAAUGGUGCAGUAAGGUCAGACAUGUUGGGGAUGAAUUUACUGACAUAGUUGAUCAUCCCCAACAAUCUUUGUACACCAGAUUAGUCUGUUGGCCUUGGCAUUUCAACUAUGGCUCUGACCUUCUCUGGGUCUGUCUUCAAACCGUCAUGGGAGAACAAGUGGCCAUGGAACUUCACCUCUUCCUGUUGUAUAUGGCACUUUGACUUCUUCAAUCUGAGAUUGUUAUCUUUGGCACGCUGCAGAACAGCCCUCAACCGUGUAUCAUGUUCCGGCCCAGUUCGACCAUGUAUGAUUAUGUCAUCCAUGAUGACUUUCACCCGGCAGUCCUUCAAAGACUUGGUCCAUUCUUUGUUGGUAAACUUCUGGAGCAGACUUAAUCCCUAUCGGCAUCCUCAGGUAUCUAUACCUCCCGAAGAGGGUAUUCAAUGUCAGGAGCUUGCUACUCUCCUCGUCUAACUGGAUCUGGUAGAAUGCUUUUUCUGCAUCCAAAGUUGAAAAUAGUGUGGCUCCUGAACAACUAGUUGUGAUGUCAUCUACCACUGGCAAAGGGUAGUGUUCUCUUUUCAUGGCAACAUUAAGAUCUUUAGGAUCUAAGCAUACACGAAUAGACCCAUCCGGUUUAUCAACAUAAACAAGGCUGCUUACCCAAUCGGCAGGUUCAUUCAAGGGAACUUUCUCUACAAUGUCAACAUUCUCCAUCCGAUCUAACUCUUUCUUCAGUGGGACUCGCUUGGAGUGAGGAACUCGUCUGGGUGGGCGGACCACAGGAGGAACAGAGGCGUCAACACUAAUGUGAUAUUUCCCUGGGAGGCACCCAAGUCCUUGGGAUACUUCAGGGAACUCAUCAAGAAUACUGACACUUUCAAUAGCAUUUAUGGGCGGGAUUAGGCCCAUACUCUCACAGGAUGAUCUACCCAGGAGGGGCAUGUAAUUUCCAUCAACCACUUGAAAACAUACUUGAUACCUUUCCCCACGCACCCAACAAGGCAACUCACACUUUCGAACAGGUCUAAUACAAGUUUUGGAGUAACUUUCUAAUCUUGCCGAGGAAGGUUGCAAAGGGUUUGUUGUAAUUUUGUCAUAUGCGGCUUUGGGCAAGACAUUGCACUGGGCCGCAGUAUCUAGUUUAACCACUUCUUGAACAGUUCCAAAAUUGACAGUUUCAACCCAGUCUUUGUCUCCUGCAUUGACUGCUCCAAUGAACAUAACUUCAGAGUCAGAGUCGCAAUCAUCAACAGUGUUUACCUGUUUCUUUUGUCUAUCUGGGGUACGACACAUCCUUGAAAAAUGGUUCAUUUUCUGGCACUUGUGGCGGCAUCGCCCAGCAGCAGGACAUGAAUCUCGGGCAUGUCGAAUACCACAACUCCUACGGGGCAUUCCCCAUUGAGGCUUCUGUCCUUUGUCGUCUACUACAUCCCCUUUCUCAACUUUGCUACCCUCUUCUUUUAUGCUCUUCAUGUGCUGCUUACUUGUUUCGGCGAUGCGAGCUGCUUGCAAUGUUUUCUCUAAACUCUGUUCUCUCUCCAUCAACCUUUCUUUGGAAGAAGGAUCCUUAAGCCCCAGGACUAACAUCGAGGUCACUGUUCUUAGCUAGUGUUUUCAAUGCGCUACAGAAUUCAUCGACUGUCUCUCCGUCUUGCUGUUUCCGUUCGAUAAACAAAUAACGCUUGAAGUGCCUCCAGGUCAGUGGUGCACAAUGAGCUUUGAACUUUCCCUCGACGGUCUCAAUUUUAUCCCGAUCAUCUUCGGAAUCCGACACAAAAUUUGAAAAAAUUUCCACACAUUCCUUGCCAAGCACGUGGAGCAACGUAGCGACUUGAAUCUUCUCAUCCUUUUGAUCGAGUCCGUUCGCAACUUUGUACAGGCCCCAUGACAUUUUCCAACGCCGCCAUGCUUCGGCUUUAUUCGUCGCUGUAGACAAUAUCAGAGCUUCAGGCGGUUUCAGGUGCUCCAUCCCACUUCUCACACCAUGAAGUGUUCUCCGAGAAGACACAACAUACACUCAAGAUGGCGGAUGCAAAUGAACACACUUUAUUCCAGUAGGCAUGCGCUAAAUAUAACCGCUGACCUGAUGCUACAGUGCUAACCCCCCUCUGUUAUGUUAAAAAUAACGUCGCACCCCCCCUUUUUUCACAUCAAAAACCGACAAAGCUUGUCUACGAGAUCUGUUUUAUUCCCAUUGUUUUAUGGGGGAAUCUGAAAAACAAGUUCAUGAUUUUUGCUUUAAAUAGGAUCAGCUCAAUUAAUUAGAAGACGGGUUAAAAUUGAUCAGUUGUGAAUUUGCUUUUCAUUUUUAUGGGAUAUUUUCAAAAAUCGUUUAACAGCUGUUCGUAUUGAUACUUGUUACAGUCUAUCAUGAUGCCUGUAUUGAGAAUCUUUUAUUGCGUUUAAUUUUAUUUACAUUUCGACUAAAACUUAAGGCCCCCCCUCCGUCAAAUGAGUGAUUUUACUUUGAGCCCCCCUAUCUUGGCAGCAAUUUUAUGUAAUGCCCCCCCCUCUAGUUUUUCAGUCCCCCCUCCAGAUAAUUCUUGCACAGUCCCUAAGUGUGAUGUUUCGUUGUUGCCACAUGGUGCUGCGCAGGCACGUUUUCAAUUUGCGCAACGCAUUGAAUGAUCGUUCUGCACAAUGUAGCAGGUAUCACUCCAAGGAUAUGUAACACAUUACAAAACACUGGAAACGUAUGAAAUAGAUCAUUCUCGUGCACUGUCUCCAGCAUUUCUGAAACAGUCAUGUAGCCAAAUCCGUGCUCACGACGAAAACUCGCCCAUAUUUUCUGCUCGGCUUCGAGAAUCUCGCCGUCGAGACCAGCUAGCUAGUGUCCUUGUGAAGGACGUAGGGAAAGACCGAAAUUAAUUCGCAAUUUCAGAACAGCAGCUUUGUUUCUUCAAGGUAUUGAGAGCCCCAUUUCAUAAACUGCCUAAUACAGUCAUCAAAAGAUAUGGACUGGCGGUUCGCCGAAAAUUUUGAAUUCACCGUGAAAUCAGUGCAACUAGUGUUAAGAGGUACUGUACAGUACCGCAAAUGAUCCCGAGACCGCAAAUGAUCCCCAAAAUGGACCGCAAAUGAUCCGCGACCGCAAGUGAUCCCCAAAGCUGACCGCAAAUGAUCCCGUGAAAAGUUGAGGAAUGGAAUGGAUUUUAUGGGACUGAUUACAAAAAAGGACUGAUUAUAAAAAAAGGAACCUUUUUCUCUCGCCUUCUAAAGAAAAAGGGAAGGAGGACGCUACAUCUCAGGUCAAUUUAUACGAGGCGAAAAAAAAAGUAGAAUAAAUCUGAAAAGGAAAUGGUAUCAACCGUAUACUUCUUCCUUUGUCAAUUGCUUCAAUUUUCUUUCAAGAACUGUUUCGUCGCUGAAAAUUUAAGACAGGCAGGACGUUACGCAGAAAAAACUCUAUUAUUUUAACGCCCAAGCUCAACUUGUCUACUGAGGAAUACAAAGCCGGGCACCCUCUACAUAACAAGAGCUUUAUUGACUUUACUGAUCCUUUUAGAAGCGUCGAAUUAAUUUUCAGAUAUUUAGUUUUGAUUUUUCUCUGAAGUGUUAAUUUCACGUGAUAAACAGCAGGACAUUGGUUCUUA